AUGGCAUCAGCAGCAGCAUCAGCAGCAACACAACAUCCUAACAAACUCGCCUUUGAGGAAGGCGUGUCUUACAUCUUUCAUAACUGGACCGCAUUGAGGCUUGCUGUCGAGCAGGAUUGGGGAGGCGUCGAUUCAGCCGAGAAGAGGGAGUGGUUCAUUGAUGUAAUCAUUGAUCACUUUGGCAAGCAUGGAAAGAAGCUGGACAUUGAUGAAGUAGAGGAUAUUUUAGCACAGAUCAUGACAGAUGAAUUCAAUGCUACACUGGAGGAUGAUUCGCCUUAUUUAGUUGCUAAACAUUUGAUUCUGUUAUUCAACCAAUGCAUCAAUGGCAACUAUGAAGAAGUAGAGCGUCUCCGUGAAAAGGCAAAGACACAGAAUACCUUUGUUGCCUCCACAUGUGUCCAGCAGGGCGAUGACAGCAAUGACGAGGAUGAAGGAGAUGAGGGCCAAGACACCAAUAGCAAUCACAAUGAUGGCAAUGGUAAUGAUGAUCAAGACGAUGACAUGGAUGAGGCACCUCAAGAGCCCUUAGUGGACGCUGAUGGUUGGGAAAUCGUGCGUCGUAAAUAA